CCUACUACGUGGCCCGACCUCCCCCUCCUCCAUGGGAGAUUUACAACAGAUUAGGCGCCUCACUCCAGUCCCGCGGCUGCGUAAUGCGCCUUCUUAUUAAAAACAAAACAAAACAAAAAAUCAUUUUGAUCUCCGAGCUCUCUGCUUCACGCGCUAGCUACGCCUCACGCGACCUAGACCAGGCCGAGAGAAAAAACGCGAGGCCCGAGCAAGGAUUUACUCAGCCCGAUUUGCCCCGGAAGAGCUUUGGGAAAGGUCGUACUUCCUUAGCAACUGAGGGGAGCGCGGCUAGCAACGCGUUGCUGGUACUCUUUCCUUGAGGGCUGCCGCCGAAGAUGCCGCCCCUGCAAAUACGGGACUACAACUGGCAGCAGACCGAAUCCACUGUGUACCUCUCCUUGCCGCUCCGAGGUGUGCGGCCUGGGAACGCCGACAUCUUCUGCACGGAAAAUUACCUCAAGGUCAACUAUCCUCCAUUUUUAUUUGAAGCAUUUCUCUAUGCUCCCAUAGAUGAUAUUAACAGCAAAGCCAAAAUUGGGAAUGAUGCCAUUGUGUUCACAUUGUAUAAAAAAGAACAUGGAAUGUGGGAGUCUCUUUCUUUGGCAAGUGUUGACAAAGAGAUGAUGCAAAGUAUAAGAGAAAAAUCUGUUUUACAAGCACAAGCGAAAGCAAAAGAACUGACUCAAGCAAAAGCUGUUGCAAAACGAGAAGAUGAAAGAUAUGCUUUGAAGAUAAUGAUGGAGAUUGAAGAAAAUGAGAGGAAAAAAAUUGAAGAUUUGAAAGAAAAUGAGAGGAAAAAAGCAACUAAGGAACUGGAGGCUUGGAAGGAACAGCAAAAAAAUGCUGCUGCUGAAGAGGAAGAGGUACAAAGAGAAGUAAAAGUGCAUCAACAAAAGAAGCAAAUAGAAAAAGAGAGAAAGAAAUCAAAAGAUAAAAAGUCAAUUAGCCACAUAAAAAGUAUGAAGUCUAAAAAUGCUACAAAAGGAAGCAGUGCAAAAACUAUAUUUUCUGAGUCUCUAAAAGAUGAUUAUGUUCCUGCUCCUCGAUCUGUUGGCAAUAUUAAAAUCCAGUUUACUCCUCGCGUUUUCCCAACUGCUCUCAGAGAAUCUCAAGUAGCAGAAGAAGAAGAGUGGUUACGUAAACAGGCAGAGGCACGAAGAAUAAUGAAUGAAGAUAUUCCUGAACUCCAUGAUUUAAAAGAAGAGGAAAAGAAUCCAGAGUGGUUGAAGGACAAAGGAAACAAAUUGUUUGGAACAGAAAACUACUUGGCAGCCAUUAAUGCUUAUAACUUGGCAAUUCGAUUAAAUAACAAGAUUCCGUCCUUGUAUCUGAAUCGUGCUGCUUGUCACCUCAAACUUAAAAACCUACACAAGACAAUUGAAGAUUCUUCCAAGGCCCUGGAAUUACUUACACCACAUGUUGCAGAUAAUGCAAAUGCAAGAAUGAAAGCUCAUGUGCGGCGUGGAACAGCAUUCUGCCAACUAGAAUUAUAUGUAGAAGGUUUACAGGAUUAUGAAGCGGCCCUUAAGAUCGACCCAUUCAACAAAAUUGUACGAAAAGAUGCUGAGAAGAUUCGGAAUAUAAUCCAAGGAACUGAACUAGAAUAAUAACAAGUACUACAAGCAACUAGAUAUUGUGUUUUGUGUUGAUAAUAAGGAAGUAAACACAUUCAUAUCCUUUUUCUGUAUUCUAGUUCAUACUGCCAAAUGACUUCAUGUUUGUUUCUAUAAUUUCUGUAGAAGGGAAAAUAUUAUAAAGUUGUAGGAAGCAAGCUAUCCAAGUUAAACAAGUUUUGAGAAAAUAAAUCAAAGUAAAAAAUAAUACAUUUUAAUUCUUUACUUUAAAAGUAUUUAGAAGUUUAUCUCUUUUUUCUUUGUUGUAUGAGCUUGUCCAAGUAACUAGACAUGUGUUUGGUGCUUAAUAUUAGUGUGUUGAUUUAAUUUUGAUCAUUGAUCUAUUUUAAAAAAUACAUAGUUUAUAAUGUUCUCAUUUAAAUUUUGUUUUACCAAUAAAACAACUGAGUUAUUGAGAUAUAGUAGUUAUUUUUGCAUGUAAUGCAUAUAUUUUAAUUUACUUAUCCUAAUAUAAAGAAUAUCCCCUGGCUUUUUUCUAAUACUCUUUUAGCAUCACUGUGUCAAAUUAAGUUGGCUUAACCUGGAGGAGCAACUGGUUGAACAAAACUUGUCUACACAUCUAAUUAUAGACAGGGCAGCAAGAAAACUAACCACAUUUCAUUUCACUCAAAAAAAUAAAAAUAGAAUGAUCAGAAACACUGAAACCUUCCUGGAAUGUUCAAUAGAGAAUUGAAGUGAUAAGAUGAUUUUAUAUCAUAUGUGAGAUGUCAGAAUAUUUUGUCUGUCGAAUUGUAUCAUUAUGUUUUGGG